UUCAAUCAUUAAGCAACGUAAAAAAAAGAGAGUAGAAUUUUAUUCAUAGUAUACACACACACAUAACAUCAUAUAUGGAGUACUUCUAUUACAAUUCAAUCAACAAACUGGUUACGAUUAUUUUUAUUCUCGUGUUGGUAAUUGAUGUGACUAUGGUAUUAGGCCAAGGGACUCGUGUUGGAUUUUAUUCCCGUACGUGCCCAAGAGCCGAAUCCAUCGUUCAAUCAACGGUGAGGUCUCAUUUUCAGUCUGAUCCAACGGUGGCGCCAGGAUUGUUGAGAAUGCACUUCCAUGAUUGUUUCGUACAAGGUUGUGACGGUUCCAUCCUCAUUUCUGGUGCUGACACUGAGAGAACAGCGCCUCCCAAUUCCUUGUUGAGAGGAUACGAGGUUAUUGACGAUGCUAAGCAGCAAAUUGAAACUAUUUGUCCCGGAGUUGUUUCAUGUGCUGACAUUCUUGCUCUUGGUGCUCGUGAUUCUGUUCUUGUGACUAAGGGACUGACCUGGUCUGUACCCACGGGACGUAGAGAUGGACGCGUUUCAAGAGCAUCCGACACAACUGAUUUGCCAGGUUUUACUGAAUCUGUUGAUUCUCAAAAGCAAAAGUUUUCUGCAAAGGGUCUCAACACUCAAGAUCUUGUCACCCUUGUUGGUGGGCACACAAUUGGAACUUCAGCAUGCCAAUUCUUCAGCUACAGGAUAUACGAUUUCAACUCCACUGGUGGCCCUGACCCUUCAAUAGAUGCAUCCUUUCUUCCUCAGCUUCGAGCCUUAUGUCCCCAAAACGGGGAUGGCUCGAAGCGUGUGGCACUAGACACUGGAAGCGUGAACAAUUUUGACACCUCGUAUUUCUCUAACUUGAGGAAUGGUCGCGGAAUUCUGGAAUCAGACCAGAAAUUGUGGACCGAUGAUUCGACCAAGGUGUUUGUUCAAAGGUAUUUAGGUCUCAGGGGAUUUCUUGGAUUGAGAUUCGGCGUCGAAUUUGGAAGGUCCAUGGUUAAAAUGAGCAAUAUUGGAGUUUUGACAGGGACUAAUGGUGAAAUUCGUAAAGUUUGCUCUGCAUUCAACUGAUGCAUGUAUUGUCCCCUUUAAUUUUAUGUACUAAUUAGUUUCGUUCAGUAAGCGCAAGCUGCAAAAUGGAAUUGUUAGUGGUAUCUAAUAUCAAUAAAUAAAAGCAUUUACCCAGUGAA